ACAAAGAGAGAGAAAGGGAUUUGCGUCGUCAAGAGAUGCCCAUGGUAGUCAUCAUCAUGUACUGAGUUCUCUGCAACAACUUCCUCCUUUAAAUUAACGGAUGUCCAUGCCGGCCGUUUCUUAGCACACACUCUAAACUACCACCAUGCUCGACUACCGCCGCCGCCACCACCACCUUCUCCUUCUUCUGUACCUCCUUCUCCUCACACGCUUAACCUUGUCCGCUACCAUCCAUACCACACUGUUUUCCCUCCUCUCUCUAAAAUCCUCAUUCUCAGACCCUUCCAAUACCCUUCUCGACUGGAAGAACACAACCGUUAUAUUUGCCGGCACCUACGCUAAGCCACCAUGGUGUAGCUGGUCCGGCGUCACCUGCCAACCCCGAACUUUCAAUGUUAUAAGUCUGAACCUCUCCAACCGCAACCUCUCAGGCACCAUCUCGCCGGAGAUCCGCCUGCUCCAUCAGCUCCGCCACCUGAACCUCAGCCACAAUGCCUUCGAGGGCCCACUCCAGCCGAACAUAUUCAAUUUACCAUCCCUCAGAACCCUCGACAUCAAUCAUAACAAAUUCAAUUCCUCCUUCCCUUCGGGCUUCGAAGGCCUCCAUUCCCUCGUCUACUUCUCCGCCUUUAGCAACAGUUUCACGGGACCGCUACCCUCUCUGCUGCCACCUUCGAUACAGCACCUGGAUCUUGGGGGAAGUUACUUCACCGAUAGUGUUCCAGCCAGCUAUGGUGGUUUUCCGACUCUUCGAUACCUCUACCUCGCCGGGAACGUCCUCACCGGCUUCCUGCCACCGCAGCUCGGCAACCUCACCCUGCUCGAGCACCUGGAGAUCGGCUACAACAACUACUCCGGGGGGCUCCCUGCCGAACUCGGGUCGAUCACGGCCCUGACUUACCUCGACGUCUCGUCCGCCAACCUCUCUGGACCUAUCCCACUAGAGAUAUGUAACCUCACACGUCUCAAUACGUUGUUCCUCUUCAAGAACCAGUUGACGGGUCCCAUCCCACCGGAGAUUGCCCGACUCUCAUCACUCGCCUUUCUUGACCUGUCGGAGAAUCAGAUCUCCGGCGAUAUUCCCGACGGAAUUUCACUACUAAAGAACCUAACCCUCCUCAAUCUCAUGACCAAUCGUCUGGCGGGCAUACCAGACGGCUUGGCGGACCUGCCCAAUUUGGAAGCCCUGCGCUUGUGGAACAACUCGCUCACAGGACGGAUUCCACCGCGGCUUGGACUCAAUGGACGACUCGCGCAUCUCGAUGUCUCGUCCAACUUCCUCGCCGGUCCGAUUCCAGAUACGCUUUGUACCGGGCAAAAGCUCUACCGGUUGAUCCUCUUCGACAACCUCCUCACCGGUCCAAUUCCCCGCUCGCUAGCGAACUGCACCUUACUGUGGCGAUUCAGGGCGGAGAAUAACCUGUUGUCCGGCGAGAUCCCCAGUGGGUUCGGCUCCUUAUCCAAUCUAACGUACGUUGAUCUGAGCCGGAACAGUUUCUCUGGCCGGAUUCCCGACGACAUCAGUCAGGCACCGCGAUUGCAGUUCCUGAACAUAUCGAACAAUCGAUUUGCGGUGGCACUUCCUGAUCGCAUUUGGCACUUUCCUAGUCUUGAGAUCUUCUCGGCGAGUUACUGUAAUUUGAAGGGAAGAAUACCAGCGUUCCUCGAUGGGUGCCAAAGUAUCUAUAAGAUCGAACUCGAUGGCAAUCGUCUGAGCGGAAGCGUGCCGGAAGAUAUUGGAAAUUGCAAGAAGUUGGUGAGCAUUCAGUUGAGCAAGAAUUCGCUCUCCGGCCAAAUCCCGUCGGAGCUGGCCACAAUUCCGGCAAUAACCGAAGUUGAUCUUUCGCAGAACUCCCUCUCAGGCAAGAUACCAGAGGUAUUCGCGAACUGCACCACGCUCGAGAGCUUCAAUGUCUCUUACAACUCACUGUCAGGCAGGGUGCCGUUGUCGGGCCCGGUAUUUCAACUUCUCCAACCGUCGUCAUUCGCGGGGAACCCAGACCUUUGUGGCCUCAUCCUUCGACGUUGCCCGGAGCCCACCGAUGUUGCGUCGAAGCAUGCACCAGACCAGCAACACGCAAAGAAGACAGCAGGCCCCUUGGUUUGGAUUCUUGCGGUGGCACUAACGACCGGGAUGUUCGCCCUGGUCGCCGGCAGUCGUGUGUUGCAUCGGAGGUGCGUCAUCCACGGCAUCCGCCGGAACUACAAAGAAGAGAUGAAGAUGGGACCUUGGACGAUGACGGCCUUCCAGCGACUGAAUUUCACCGUAGACGAGGUGGUGCAGUGCCUGAACUGCAGCGAGGAUAUCGUCGGCAUGGGAUCGGCGGGAACAGUGUACCGCGCGUCCAUGUCGGGCGGUGAUGUCAUCGCCGUCAAGAAACUCUGGGCGAGGCCGUGCAAGGACAGAGCCGAAAAGUCCGACGGCCGCGGCGUCCUAUCGGAAGUGGAGGUCCUGGGGAGGGUGAGGCACCGGAACAUCGUGCGUCUCUUGGGGUGCUGCAGCAACGGCGAUACGUCUCUGCUGCUGUACGAGUACAUGCCCAACGGCAACCUCGACGGCUGGUUGCACGGCAAGAAGACCGGAGUGCCGCCGUUCCGUCAACGAGGCGAGGGCGGUGAUCGAAAGAAGGAAGGCGGGGCGGGGUCGGCCGGCGACUGGGUGACGCGGUACAAGAUCGCGGUGGGGGUGGCGGAGGGGAUCAAGUACCUACACCACGACUGCAAGCCGGUGAUCGUGCAUCGAGAUCUGAAGCCGAGCAAUAUCCUGCUGGACGCGGACCUGGAGGCUCGAGUCGCCGACUUCGGGGUCGCGAAGCUGCUGGACGACUCCAAUGGGUCCAUGUCCGUCAUCGCCGGCUCCUACGGUUACAUCGCUCCCGAGUACGCGUACACACUGCAAGUAGAUGAGAAAAGCGACAUCUACAGCUUCGGCGUGGUUCUGAUGGAGAUCAUCAGCGGCAGAAGGUCGGUGGAUGCCGAGUACGGGGACGGCAACAGCAUCGUGGAUUGGGUUCGGAACAAGAUCCAGACCAAGGAAGGGGUGGUGGAAGUGUUGGACAAGGACGCAGGGGCUGACUGCGGCUCCGUCCGUGAAGAGAUGCUGCUGGUCUUGAGGGUGGCACUGCUCUGCACAACCCGAUGCCCGGCCGACCGGCCGUCCAUGCGUGAUGUCGUCUCCAUGCUGCAAGAAGCAAAGCCAAAGAGAAAGGCGGUAAACACUUCUGAUCUUCAUGGCAUCGACAGCCAUGGUGUAAAUAAAAGUUAACGUUCGGGUAUUGUAUUGAAGAAGAAUUGAAGUAGAGGAUUCGAUAGGCCGGUGCCUUCUCUUUACUUCUUUUUUUCUUUUUUAUUAUCUAUAUAGAAAGAAGGUUUACAGGGUUCAGACUUUCAGUCGUGAUGUAUUGACUCACGCUGUCCUAUACACAGAUUGAAUUGUAAUAGUUUGUAUUGACUGUUGAGUUGGUGAAGAUUCCCUUGAUUCUA